AUGGCGCCCGUAGCCCGCCUUCCCAAAAGCUGGAGCGCCCGCGACCCCAAAUCCGAAGCAGACCUCUGGAACCUCUUCGACCAAAAAUCCAAGCAAGGGAACCCCACUUCCCUCGCCCACCUCUCCACAAUCCAUUUCCAAACCCACCACCGACCUCUUCGUAUAGCACUAGAUCAAGACUCCUGGAACUAUGGCCUAACCCGCCAGCAAGAACGUCAAAUCCAAAAAUCCCAACGUAAAGCCUUCAAAAAGCAAAUUCAAAAAUCCCAAUCCCAGAUAUGGUUUACCCAAAAAUACACCCCUGUGCCCAAAAGACCUCAUCUCUUCCAUCGAGAAAUCAACGUUUUGACCCGUUUGAUGGGUUAUAUAGCUCUAGGGGUCGAGUUUUAUGUAAUACUCCCCUCACCGUUGGAUCGUGAGGAUGUAGGUGAUUUGGGGGAUAGGUAUAAACAUGCUAAUGGGAAGAUACAUAUGUGGUUUAGAAUUUUGGGGGAUUUGGGGGUUAGGUUUCAUGCUGCGGCGAAUCCGGUUGUGGAGUGUGUGCAUAUGAUGGAAGAGGGGGUUGUAGAUGCGGUUUGGACCAAUAAUCCAGAUGUUUUAGUCUAUUGUGGGGAUAAAGCAGCGAUUAUUAGGGAUUUUGAGGAGAGCGAGGAAGAGGUUAGAGUAUAUCGAAUGGAGCAGUUAAGAAGAGAAGUUAGUUGGACAGAGACUGUAUUCAUUCAUACACUUGUUCGAAGUGGGUGUAGGAUAGCAGAUAUUCAGGGGAUGAUAAACACGAAUAACCUUUUACACGAUACAUUGCCUCAAAUAGCGAUAAAUAUUUGCAACUGCUCGAGUCAGAAGGAAGUCGACGACUGGUUCCAGCGUGACAUAUCCCCAUAUAUCACCGAUUCAAAUAUCUCUAGGAAACCCAACUAUAACACUCUCGAGGAUUGCUUCAAUUAUUCUGUUGCAAACAGUAAUCUCUUCACUACGUCCAAAGAAGCACGGCUAUUCCGAGAAAGAAGUCACGCAAGAAUGCAAGAGAUUAACGAAACACGUGCCGAUGCCCUCGACUUCUACAACUCCAAUUUGGCAGACAGAGUUCGCAGACUAUGGGAGUAUUCUCGUGAUACAUUUUCCAUAAAGGCCAUCCAAUUCCUUAACCUAAUGGGUGGAGUUCUGCUUGCAAGAAGGCUUAGUUGUGGGAAUUUCAAUCCUACCCUGGUUUCUAGUGUUGAAGAAGGGGUUGCCGGUGUAGAUCACAGGGUAGCAAGAGUUACUAUCAAGAUAGAAAGGGAACCGAUAUUAUGGAAUUUGAGGCUGAAGAUGCCGGCGGAAAACCUUGCUGGGUUGGUAUUAAAUCUGGUAGUAUUGAAGACUCUUUUGUGGGAAGUUGAAAACUGCAAUGCGGAAGAUACACCAUCCAAAGAGGAUACAUCACAUCACAAUGUGAAAUUAAAGCGAAAGAAAAGAACCCGAGCAAGAAAUAAGAAAACAAAAUGA